AUGUUGAACACUAGAUUGUGCUUUAUUUUUUCCGCCCAACUUCACGUUUCCAUGCACCAAAUUGUUGAUGCUAUAAAUAUUGGAUGCCACGCUUACCUGACAGGCUUCUUCCAUCCCACCUGCGCGCGGGGGCUCAGAGCGAGCGCGCGAGCCGCGGCUGGAGCCCGCCUCUCGCGGCCGGAGCGGGCUCGGCCGGCCGCGGGUUCCGCUGCUUGUCGGGGUGGCCAAGCCGCUCCCCCGCCAGCGCUCCCGCAGUCAGCCCCCGGCGCGCACGCGCGCUUCCCUCGGGCGGUUUCGGCGCCUCGGGUCUUCAGCCGCGCUGCCACCGCACAGCUCCAGGGGGCGGGGCGGCGAGCGAGUGCUCGCGGCCACGUGACCGGUGCCAACAUGGCGGCGCCCAGAGGCCUCCACCUGUUCGUCCGCAGAGGUUGUCAUAGGAUUUUCUCUUCACCAUUCAGUUGUGUCUACUUACACAAGCAGUCAAGCAGUCAACAAAGAAGAAAUGUCUUUUUUCGGAGACAAAGAGAUAUUUCGCACAGUAUAGUUUUGCCGGCUGCAGUUUCUUCAGCUCGUCCAGUCCCUAAGCACAUAAAGAAGCCAGACUAUGUGACGACAGGCAUUAUACCCGACUGGGGAGACAGCAUAGAAGUUAAGAAUGAAGAUCAGAUUCAAGGGCUUCAUCAGGCUUGUCAGCUGGCCCGUCAUGUCCUCCUCCUGGCUGGGAAGAGUUUAAAGGUUGACAUGACAACUGAAGAGAUAGAUGCUCUUGUUCAUCAGGAAAUCAUCAGUCAUAAUGCCUAUCCCUCACCUCUAGGCUACGGAGGUUUUCCAAAAUCUGUUUGUACCUCUGUAAACAACGUGCUCUGUCAUGGUAUCCCUGACAGUCGACCUCUUCAGGAUGGAGAUAUCAUCAACAUUGAUGUCACUGUGUAUUACAAUGGCUAUCAUGGAGACACCUCUGAAACAUUUUUGGUGGGCAACGUGGAUGAAAGUGGUAAAAAGUUAGUGGAGGUGGCCAGGAGGUGUAGAGAUGAAGCAAUUGCGGCUUGCAGAGCAGGGGCUCCCUUCUCUGUAAUUGGAAACACAAUCAGCCACAUAACUCAUCAGAAUGGUUUGCAAGUGUGUCCGUAUUUUGUAGGACAUGGGAUUGGAUCUUACUUUCAUGGACAUCCAGAAAUUUGGCAUCAUGCAAAUGACAAAGAUCUGCUGAUGGAGGAGGGCAUGGCCUUCACAAUCGAGCCCAUCAUCACCGAAGGAUCCCCGGAAUUUAAAGUUCUAGAGGACGCAUGGACUGCCAUCUCCCUAGACAAUCAAAGGUCUGCCCAGUUCGAGCACACAAUUCUCAUCACGUCGGAGGGCGCGCAGAUCCUAACCAAACUACCCUACGAAGCCUAACUAGCAACCCGAAGGUCACAGAGGCCAGCGUCUUAGUUUUCUAAAUUGCUGAAAUCCAGUUAAACAACUCUUGGAAGCAAUGGGGACGCCAAGACGCCCGCUAACCUACCUAGCACCUAAUAGCAUCCUGGAAAAACGCGGCCAGCUGCGGGGACGAUUGGGGACAGAUUUGGAGCCCUGCCAGGGCCGUGUGGCUGCUGAAAGACUGGUCUCGGCCCGGCUCGCUUUCUCAGCUUAGGGAACGAAUCUGGAAAAGAACCGGGACGCCCUCGUUUGGGAGACUAGAGAUUCCAGAAGUAGCACGCUUUCCUCUUUCCCUUGUCCUGACACUGCCCGAGUUAGGAGGAAUAAAACCAACCAAACAAAAAAACCUCAAA